AUGGCGGAUAAUUCUUCAGCAAGGAUUGUGUUCUUACAUGGUGAUUUGUUUCUCAAAAUUAUCGAAGCUCGGAAUCUACCAAACAUGGAUGUAGUCACGGGCCACAUCCUCCGUUGCGUGCCGUUCGAUUCCUGCCCGGAAGACAAGUCUCCGCCUGGAACCGAUGACCUGAAACUGCGUUCCAGCGGGAGGAAGAUCAUUGCAAGCGAUCCUUACGUCAAAGUAUCGGUGCCUCAAGCAGCCGUCGCACGUACGCGUGUGUUGAAGAACUCCAAAAAUCCAAGAUGGGACGAACGGUUCAAAAUUCCGUUAGCUCACGAACUUGUUUACUUGGAGUUUGAAGUGAAAGACGAUGACAUUUUCGGAGCUGAUUUAAUAGGGACCGUCAGCAUUCGGGCACAUGAGAUCGCCACCGGAAACGUGAUCUCUGACUGGUUCCCUCUGAAGAAUUCACGAAAGGACUCACAGCUGAGGCUGGAAAUGAAGUUUGUAUCCUGUGAUAAAAAUCCGCUUUAUCGGCACGGCAUUGCUGGAGAUCCCGAUCUAAAAGGCGUCCGGGACACAUAUUUUCCGGUGAGGAAAGGUUCUCAGGUGACGUUAUAUCAGGAUGCUCACAUCAGGCCUGAAUCUAAGAUGCCUAAGAUUGAAUUGGAAGGGGGUAAGGCUUUUGAGCACAAUUCGUGUUGGGAAGAUAUAUGUCAUGCUAUAUCAUCAGCUCAUCAUAUGAUCUACAUUGUGGGUUGGUCUGUUUUUCACAAGAUUAAACUGAUUAGAGAGCCAAAUCGACCAUUGCCAAGAGGAGGAGAAUUGACACUUGGUGAAUUGCUCAAAUAUAAGUCUGAAGAAGGGGUUAGGGUUUUGUUGUUGGUUUGGGAUGAUAAAACCUCCCACAGUAAGCUCUUCGUCAACACGAAUGGGGUAAUGCAAACUCAUGAUGAAGAGACCAGGAAGUUUUUCAAGCAUUCAUCUGUGCAAUGUGUGCUUUCACCUCGUUAUGGAAGCAGUAAGCUUGGCCUUUUCAAACAACAGACAUGCUCUUUAUCUUAUUCCAUGUUUCAGGUUGUUGGAGGUGCUUUUACACACCAUCAGAAAUGUGUGCUCGUGGACACUCAGGCUUAUGGUAAUAAUAGAAAGAUUAGCGCGUUUAUAGGCGGUCUUGAUCUCUGUGAUGGUCGAUAUGACACACCCGAGCAUCGGUUAUUUCACGAUCUUGAUACCAUAUUUAAGGACGACGUUCACCAACCUACAAUCCCUGUAGGAACCAGGGCCCCAAGGCAGCCAUGGCAUGACUUGCAUUGCAAGAUUGAUGGUCCUGCUGCAUAUGAUGUCCUUCUAAACUUCGAGCAACGAUGGAGAAAAGCUACAAGAUGGCGAGAAUUCGCAUUAAUCGCCAAAAGAAUGGCUCACUAUCAAGACGAUGCAUUGUUAAAGAUCGACAGAAUCUCAUGGAUUGAUAGUCCUACCAAUCCUACUCCAAUAACUGGAGAUCACACCGUCGUUCCUGAAGAUGAUCCAUUAAUACACGUGACCACGGAAGACGAUCCUGAUAACUGGCAUGUCCAGAUCUUCCGGUCUAUUGAUUCUGGAUCUUUGAAAGGAUUCCCCAAAACUGUGGAUGUUGCAGAGGCACAGAAUCUUAUUACUGCGAAAAGUAUGGUUAUAGACAAAAGUAUUCAAACAGCAUAUAUCCAAGCAAUCCGAUCAGCUCAACAUUUCAUCUAUAUCGAAAACCAAUAUUUCAUCGGAUCAUCGUAUGCAUGGUCAUAUGAAAACGCGGGAGCUGAUAACCUAAUCCCAAUGGAGUUGGCUCAAAAAAUAGCAAGUAAGAUCAGGAGCAAGGAGAGAUUUGCAGUUUAUGUUGUCAUACCAAUGUGGCCGGAGGGCAUCCCGACUUCUGCUACCGUGCAAGAGAUUCUCUAUUGGCAGAGCCAGACGAUGCAAAUGAUGUAUAAUGUUGUUGCCCAAGCAAUCAAGUCCAUGCAGCUAGAUGCACACCCUCAAGACUAUCUAAAUUUCUACUGUCUUGGCAAACGGGAAGAGGUACCUUUUAGAAUGAAUCCAUCAUCUGCAGAUGAUAAGGUCUCAGAUUCACAAAAGUUCAAGAGGUUCAUGAUCUAUGUCCAUGCUAAAGGAAUGAUCGUGGAUGAUGAGUAUGUAAUCAUUGGAUCUGCUAACAUUAACCAAAGAUCUUUGGCUGGUUCAAAGGACACAGAAAUAGCCAUGGGUUCAUAUCAACCCCAUCACACUUGGGCUGCAAAGAAGCGACAUCCAUAUGGACAGGUCUAUGGUUACAGAAUGUCGUUAUGGGCUGAGCAGCUGGGGCUGAGGACGCUAGAGAAACCCUACAAGGAGCCAGAAACUCUGGAAUGUGUUAAAAUAGUUAAUAAGAUAGCAGAAGAUAACUGGAAACGAUACACAGAUGAGAAUUUCAGAACAUUGCAAGGUCAUCUUCUUAGGUACCCAUUACAAGUGGAUGCAGGUGGGAAUGUGAAUUUCUUGCCAGGCUAUGAGAAUUUCCCAGAUGUUGGAGGUAAAGUAAUGGGAGCCCAUUCACCCACUCUACCCGACAUUUUAACCACAUGAUUUCCGACCCAUUCAUUAUAUUCACAUGUGAAUCUUCGCUGUAACAAUAAAAAACACGUUAGGUUUAUAGGUAUAAGGAUGUAAGAAUACUCGAAAAGGUCAUGUGUUCGAGUCAUGGAGAUUGUGGUACUCCAUUUCCCACAACUAUUGUAAAUUGGAAAGGGUCGCCCCUGUUUGUUCUAAAUUUGUGAAGAUAAACAGAUAUGUUGAGUAAAUAUUUGUGAAUGCUUCAUUAUAAACAGAUUAUCCGAAAAGGUCGUGUUUGAGCAUGGACAGGUACCGAAACCACCAAACUGGCAAUAUUGAGUGAGGUCAACUAACAUAACAACUAAAGAAGACUAAAAUCCAAACAUAAGUUUCUAACAAGCAUCCUGGACAUAAUGUUAUGCAAUUGACAAUAGGGCUGUGAAGGAAACAAUCCGAUUCAAUUAGAAGCGAUCGGCCAUAAUUAUC